UCAGUGGCGUAUUGUGUAGUCAGCUGCAACCUUGUGCCCGUGGUUUUGCUGAAAUAUUUGUGUGCUAUUCUCCAGACUGUAGAACUGAAGUCAUGGACCAGGAGCCAACAAUGUGGAUAAAAAAAGAGGGAACAGAUGAAAUAAAAGCUGAGUUAUGUUUCAUGGCCCCAGUUUACCCAUUCAGCAUGAAUGUGAAAGAAGAGUUGGAGGAGAGUGCGAAUAAAGAGACUGUUAAAGAUCCGUUGGGAAUAUCUUGGCCCACUGAUUUUAUCAAGGAGGAUCCCGAAUUAAAUUUGGAAAUGAAUGUAACUGAGAAUAUUGUGGAAACCUCAACAAGAUACACACAUGAUAGUGCAAGAUUGACUCAGAGUACUGGUGGGAGCUGCGGCACAGCACGUGAAGAAACUUGUCACCAUAGACUGGUCAAGGAUGAGUUGGUGACAGACAUGGAGAAGUCAACACACGAGUUUGGUACCAAUACAGAUGAUGUGACUAUUGAUAAGGAAUGCUCAGUUGCCACCCAAUAUGACUGUGCUACGAGGGAAAAGGAAUUACAUGUAUAUAUUUGUGAUUUCUGCCAACAAAGCUUUCCUUCAAAAUACAGACUCACAAUGCAUGUGUUUAUGCACAUUGAUGGCACUCAACCACCUUUGUAUGUUUGUAAGUGGUGUGGUGAGGUAUUGCACAGUGAUGUUAGUUUGAAAAAACAUUUGAAAAUGAAAGACAAUGAGCAGCCUUCAUAUAAGGAAACUAGGAAAGCUUCAAAGAAGUCCUCUGACAUGUGUAACACACAAACGGCAAAUUUUGCAGAGAAAACAAGUGAUUAUGGAACUUCAUCUACAGCUGUUAAUAUCAGUGCCCAGGCUGAUCUACCUGCUGCAAGAAGAACCAACAAAUGUGAUAUUUGUGGCAAAUUGUUCACUAGGUCAGGUGAUCUCAAGAGACAUGUAUUCAUACACAGCAGGAAAAGACCGCACAAAUGUGACGUACGUGACAAAUCGUAUGCCCAGUCAGUUCGUCUCAAGACACGCAUAUUAAUUCGCACUGGGAGGAAACCUCACAAACAUAAGAUUUCUGGGAAAUCUUAUGCUAGGGAUCUCAAAACACAAUCAUUAAUUCACACCGGAAAGAAACCCCACAAAUGCGAUAUUUGUGGGAAAUCUUUUACUAUGGCAGGGAAUCUCAACAAACAUACAUUUAUUCAUACUGGAAAGAAACCUCAUAAAUGUGAGAUAUGUAUGAAAUCUUUUGCUAGGUCAGACGAUCUCAAGAAACACGCAUUCACGCACACCGGGGAAAGACCUCACAAAUGUGAUAUUUGUGGGAAAUCGUUUGCUUUCUCAGGCGACCGCAACAGACAUGUAUUAAUUCACACAGGAAAGAAACCUCACAAAUGUGACAUAUGUGGGAAAUGUUUUGCUGCGUUAAGCAAUCUCAAGGCACACACGUUAAUUCACACUGGGAAGCAACCCCGCAAAUGCGAUAUCUGUGGGAAAUCUUUUGCUACGGCAGGCAGUCUCAAGACACACUCCAUAAUUCACUCUGGAAAGAAACCUCACAAAUGUGAAAUUUGUGGGAAGUGUUUUACUGUGUCAAGCAAUCUCAAGACACAUGUAUUAAUUCACACUGGGAAGAAACCCCACAACUGCGAUAUUUGUGGGAAAUCCUUUUCUACGGCAGGCAGUCUCAAGACACACUCCAUAAUUCACUCUGGAGAUAAACCUCACAAAUGUGAGAUUUGUGGGAAGUGUUUUAAUGUGUUAAGCAAUCUCAAGACACAUUUAUUAAUUCACACUGGGAAGAAACCCCACAAAUGCGAUAUUUGUGGGAAAUCUUUUCCUACUGCAGGCAGUCUCAAGACACACUCACUAAUUCACUCUGGAAAUAAACCUCACAAAUGUGAGAUUUGUGGGAGAUGUUUUACUGUAUCAAGCAAUCUCAAGACACAUGUAUUAAUUCACACUGGGAAGAAACCUCACAAAUGCGAUAUUUGUGGGAAAUCUUUUACCAGGGCAGGCAGUCUGAAGAAACACUCACUAAUUCACACUGGAAAGAAACCUAACGAAUGUGAGUUGUGGCAAGUCAUUUGCUAGAUCAGGUGAUCUCAGGACACAUGCAGUAAAACACAUUGGAAUGGGACCUCCCAAAUGUCAUAUGUGACAAGUUUCACUGAAUUGGGUACUCUCAAGACACAAGCAUUACUUCACAUCAGAAAGAAACUACAAGUAAGUGUUAGUUUAUACAAAUAGGUUUUCCUGGGUGGUGCCCUCAAGGCCUUUAAAAUAAUGGAUCUAGCAGAGGAACAAUAAGUUGUCACACCUGUGAAAUAACAUUAAAAUGUGGCAGAACUGUAAAACAAAAACGUGCAAUAAUGUGUAGUACAGAGUGGUAACAGGUAAUGUGACAAUAUAAAAAUCCAAAUAUGCAGCUUGAGAUGUCGAGAAAUUGUAUUGCUAAAUAAACGAGAAAAAUAAAUCGAAUUUUUUUUUUGUCAUUAACGCUGCUGAUUUUUCCCCAUUGAUCUUGAGACAUGAAGAUUGUCAAUUGUGAUAAAUCCUUACCUUUGUCAGUAAUCAUAAGUAGCAUUCAAUAUUCAGUAGAAGCCCAAAGAAAUGUUAUGACUUGCUGCUUAUUAUUCCAAACAGUCAUCAUGUAGUACUUGUAACUCUGCAUUUUAGAAACAGUGGCAGCAACAGUGAAUGUGACAAUUACUCAGGUAUGUUUCCUGAAGAGAUUUCCUGUAUGUGUCAUUAAUAUUGUGUACAUUGUUUUGUUAGUACUAAUCCUGCAUUAGUAAACGUAACAACAGAUAUAGCAACCUGCUUAAUAGCAUGUUUGUCCACCUUUGGAACACAAUACAUCGACAGUUCUACGUGAUGUGGACUUGACAUGUCGUUUACAUGUUUCUGAACGUAUGUUGCACCAGAUGUCUAUGCAAUUGUAUUCCAAACAUUCAGAUCAGGUAAAUGGUGUGGUCGAGGCAUCGGUGUUAGUUACCAUGCUACUCAAACCACUGUGGAGUCAUUCUGCACAUGUGACAUGGACAGUUAUCAUGCUGAAAGAAGCUUUCACCAAUGGAGAACACAUCAGUCUUGAAAGAAUCUAUGCAGUUGCAACAAAUGUCACGUAGUCUGCAACUGUUAUGAUGCCUUCAAUUACUACUAGAUUUCCCAAAGGAGCCCAAGUGACUGCCCCCAUAGCAUAAUGGGUCCUCCAUCUGGUGCCAUUGACCUAGAUGAUAGCAUAUCUGGAUGUGACAACUGAUGUGGUGUAACAGGAAAUGUCAUCGUGCCUGACAUUUGCAUUGACCUUCAGUCCAGCCCGAAUGAUCCCUUGCCCACAGCAGUUGCAAUUGAACAUUUUGGUGGAUCAGUAUGGAAACAUACAAUGACCAUAUGUUGUGAAUUCUCAUGUUCAACAAUGUACAUUGAACUGUGGGUUCAAAAAUGUGUAUGGCCGUUUUCCGUCAUUACAUAUGCCACAUAUUGCCAAAUUUCCAGCCUUACAGAACAGGCAAGCCUCUGACCUCCAUGAUUUGUGAAGUAUAGAUGUAUUACACCUUUUCAUAAGGUUAUGGUUUUUAUCACCUUUCAGCCACUUUCCACAGAUGUUCUCAAUAGUAGCAUAGAUUCAGCCAAUGAGCUUCACCACUCUUGAGGCACUAUUUCCCAACUGCAAUGACAUUGUAACUUGCCCUUUGCUAAAGUCACUUGAGUCAUCUUGGUUACAUGCUCGCAUCCCCUCUAAAACAAUACCUUGUUAAUCUCUGGUCUACUUAUAUACUUAUAAUCUGAUUACUGUAUCAUGCGCAUACAACAUGUGGCAUUCAUUCUCCUUAGAGGCAGUGUUCAUGACAUUUAUGCUCAUCAGUGCAUCUUCAGGUAAAUGGGUCAGGUGCGAAAAUGUGUAAUCUAACAUAUGCACUGUGCUUUGUUGCCAUUUACACCAGUGCCGUAUUUUUGUGAAAUUUUUAUUUCACAAAGCUCUGUAUAUGAUUCAGAGACGCUGUAGAUAAGUGUUAUGCACCAAAGCUCUUAAUUAUUUGUUCAGCAAUUAAUACUGUGAGAGUUCUACAUGAAAUAAAAUGGGUAAACAAAUAUUAGGUGUUAUGAUUUGAUUCCAGUUAUUUCUAUAACAAGAACAACUCUCAGAAUAUGAGUACUAAAUAUUU